CUCAAGUAGCCAUGUCUGGUCGCGGCAAGGGCGGGAAAGGCCUGGGCAAAGGAGGCGCCAAGCGCCACCGCAAGGUGCUGCGCGACAACAUCCAGGGCAUCACCAAGCCCGCCAUCCGGCGGCUGGCCCGGCGCGGCGGCGUCAAGCGCAUCUCCGGCCUCAUCUACGAGGAGACCCGCGGGGUGCUCAAGGUGUUCCUGGAGAACGUGAUCCGCGACGCCGUCACCUACACGGAGCACGCCAAGCGCAAGACGGUCACGGCCAUGGACGUGGUCUACGCGCUCAAGCGCCAGGGCCGCACCCUCUACGGCUUCGGGGGCUGAGCAUUUUUUCUUUGCUUCGCAACUUUUUGUUUCUCACCCACCCAAAGGCCCUUUUCAGGGCCACCCAUGUAGUCUCCAGAAAGAGUUGCACACUUAACCAGUAUGGGCCAUUUUUCCAUUUAUUCUGCCAGUUUGUGAUUGUAGUGUUUGUCAAUUGUGAGUUAUGUUGCUUUUAACUCCUUUAUGUACUCUGGAACUGUCCUUAGUUUUUCAGGCUUGAUACUUUGUACCCGUCAGUUUACAGUGAGAACAUUAAAGAAUACGAAAUAUCAAACGGGUUAGGUGUCAAUAUAAAGGUUUGUGUUUAAACAAGUGUCUGGUUUCGAUCUUAUCGUCACUGACUUCGUUAAAGGGAGGGGUGGAUUCCG